AUGAAAGCAGGAUCGAGAGUGAAGAAGUCCAACACUGGUGGCCCCUUAGAUGCAAAAGCUAAUGAUGUUGCCAAUAUGGCCCAAGCUAACGAUGAUGAUGCUGUCAGUCGAGCCCACAGAACUGAAACAGACAACCUUCCAGUCCCCCCUCUUUUCAUUCAUUCUGCUCGUACAACUUUCUCCCAUCCAGGGGCUUUCUCGAUCCCUGGAAUAGGAGGAGCCAGCAGUCGUGAGCUAACAAGGAGCCCCCACCCUGACCCGACCUUGCCCAACAACCAAAACAACAUCAGCAGUCCUCUGGAUGCUACUUUGGUAGAUCAGGAAGCACAACAACAAGAAACAGGACAAGUUCGAGUGCAACUUCCAGAAGCAUUGAACGUAAUGCCCAUGAGGAGCAAAGAAAACGAAUCACCGUCAUCCUCUUUCUCUUCCACUCUCAUCAAUCUAUGCUUCUUUGUGAUAAUUGCAGUGAUUGUUGGAUUGGUACUCUGGCUGGCAAUAUCACAACUAUCAAACCAAGACUUCGGUUCAUCUGAUCCAUCUGUGGCCAUUGGUACAUUCGCUGAACCUGCUUUGACCAACAGAAGCCACUGGUACCCUCCAUUUGACAGUGCAUUACAUCAAAACACACGCAAGGCAAUUCUGGAUGACCCAACGGGCCCCCAAGCCAGAGCAAACAAUUGGAUGUGGGAAGAUCCGUAUCUUGACUCCCAUCCCAAGUGGCAGAAGAUACAGAGGUUUGCAUUGGCUGUUGUUUACCAUGCAAUGGAAGGAGACAAUUGGUUUCGAAAUGACAAUUGGCUAUCCUAUGAAGUCCCUGAGUGUGAGUGGUUCUCACAAAGCCCCACACCCUGCGACCAGGAUGGGCGUCUUGUGACGACAGAUUUACAAUCAAACAAUCUUGGUGGCACUCUACCAAUGGAAUCCCAACUGACAGAAAGCAUGAAAGUUAUUGAUUGUUCAAACAAUCACAUCUCUGGGGGGCUGCCCUUUGCACCAUCUUCAAACAAACUCGAAGCAAUCAUAUUGUCAAACAAUAGUAUUGAAAUUGCCACAUACUUUACGGAUGCAGAUCUUGAUCCAAGUUUCCUCCGAACUUUGAGGUUGGAUUCUAAUCAGCUCAAGACCGACAACGUCCAUUUUCUUGGUGCACUUCGAAACCUUGAGCUUCUCAAUAUGACUGAGAACCGCUAUGGAGGAACCAUUCCAAUGUGGGAAGCAAGUCGAGCAACGAACUUGAGGUACUUGGGCCUUGGGAACAAUUUUUUUGAAGGCACAAUACCAUCGGAGUUGGGCUUGAUGGCUCAGUUGACAGAACUCAACCUGUCAGGGAAUUCUGCUGUGAGUGGCACCCUUCCAAGUGAGUUGCUGCUAUUGACUUCCUUGCUGUACUUGGAUAUCUCUGGGACUUCCAUCACAGGCAGUAUCCCUGUUGAACUUUGCUCUCGCAGCCUCAAUCUCUCGAUCACAGCAAACUGCAGUCAGAUUCAGUGCUGUUGA